AUGCCGAGCGACAAGAAGGUCUGCGUCGUCGUCGGCCUGGGCAACAAGGGCAUCGGCGACCACUGCGCGAAGCAGUGGGCGGCCGAGGGCUUCGCCGUGGCCAUGCUCGCGCGGCGCGCGGAGGUGCUGGCCGAGCUCGAGAAGGAGAUCCCCGGGAGCCGGGCCUUCCCCUGCGACGUCACGGACCAGGCGCAGGUGGAGGCGACGGUGAAGCGCAUCGCGGCGGAGCUCGGCCCCGUGGACGUCUGCAUCUACAACGCGGGCCUCGGCAUGUUCAAGUCGUUCGAGGAGACGUCGUUCGAGGAGUUCGAGCAGUGCUGGCGCUGCGGCCCCGCGGGCCUCUACCUCUUCGCCAAGGCCAUCCUCCCGGGCAUGGCGUCGCGCGGCGGCGGCGUCUUCGGCGUCACGGGCGCGACGGCGUCGUGGCGCGGCGUGCCGAAGACGCCCGCGUUCGCGAGCGCCAAGUUCGGCGUCCGGGCCCUGGCCCAGGCGCUCGCCAAGGACUACGCGCCCAAGGGCAUCCACAUCUUCCACUGCAUCAUCGACGGCGUCGUGAACCAGCCGCGGACGAAGGCCUGGUUCCCGGCGGAUAAGCCCGACGACGAGUUCCUCUCGCCGGCGACCAUCGCGAAGCACUACUGGGACAUCGCCGCCCAGGAGAAAAGCUGCUGGACAUUCGAGAGCAACGUCUGCCCCGCCGCCCGCAUGUUCGACAUGCUCACCAUCUACUCGAGUAGGGUAGGUUGCACUCGUCCUUGA